AAGUUUAGUCUAAAUAACAAUGUUGCAGUGGAUGGUUAUGUAUUGGGUGGUGGGGCUGGCCACCACCCAGCAAUCUUUUAACACUAAUGGUUGUGAAAACAAAUGUAGCAAUUUUUAUUCUCUUCAGUCUUCUCAUUCUGAACAGAUAAACGACUCCUGGAGUGCUUGUGUCCACGGUUGUGAAUUCUACAGUCGGCUGGAUGAUAUCGGAGAUGAACCAAUCAAUACUCUUCAGAACUGCAAUUACAGUUGUGAUGAGAGAUAUAACGGUGAAGGUAUUCAGGCCUGCCAGGCCGGGUGCGGGUUCAACUUCGACAAGGAUACUCAGGAGUUUACAGUUCCUAGCCACAGGAUUGAAAGCGAGGUCCCGAGCUCACGACCUGGAUUUAUCUCACUCAGCCUUCCCAAACUCUUCGAACAGAUCAAUAACGCCAUGCCCAGAUUAAACAGUAUGAUAGAGAAAACUUUCUCCAACCCCUUCAACAACGAAUUCUCCAUGCCCAGGCUCCCCAGCGGAAUCUUUGGGAGGAAGGAUGACGAGGGGACCGUGGACCCCUUGUUUGACAACUUCUUCAGCUCCAUCAACAACCAGAUGUCGAACAUGAUGAGUGUCAUGCCGGAUAUGCCCAGGAUUUCUGGUUUGAACUCCUGGUCUCCUUUCUCCUUCCCCGAAGGAGGACCUGCUGGCAAGAUAACUGUGAUCAAAGCUGGACCUGGAUAUAUGGAGGAGAAGCACUAUGAUAUAGGAACGGAUGGAAACCUUGUGGAGAUUACUGAACAACCCCCAGCACUUCUCAAUGAUGGAUUGGCUCAUGAGAACCCCAUGGAUUCCAGUUUUGACGAAGAUGAUGUUGAAAUCUUCAAACCCCUUGAUAACUCCCAGAACAGCUUGGAGUCUCUGGAGUCCCAGAACAGCCUGGAGUCUCUGGAGUCCCAGAACAGCCUGGAGCCCUUGAGUAGCCUGGAGGAGUCCCUUGAUAGCCUGAGCGCCCCUGUCCCCCAAGUGAAGGAGGACCCGGAGGAGGAGAGCGUGAACCCUUUCCUCUCCGUCAUCAGGAACUCUAUCGAGGAGGGAGAGAAGCUGAAGGAGGAGUUCAUCAAAAAGUACAGAUCAUUCAAGGAUUCAGAGUACACAGACACCAGUACAUGCAACAGUGAGAAUCUACGUUGGUCCGACUGGGUGGCGUGUGUACAUAUUCGUUUGGGAGCUCCUCGUUGGUUGACAGCUGCUACUAUUGCACUCGGGAUAAUAUUCUCCGUCUGGCUCUGCCUGGUUAUCCCAACUGCUGCUCCUAAACGCAGACUUCGCAACCUUAUCAUCAGGAAGGAGAAGCUGAGCCCUCCCUCUGCGGUUGUUAGCAAGGAGUUGACUGCUGCUGAAGCUAAGGAAGCUGAAGCCAACGCCUCCAAUGAUCUGACUGUUUCUGUGAUCACGGUUGAUAUGCCUCCCUGUUAUAACGAGGUUACCCCUGGAUCUCCUGCCCCCUCCUAUAAGAGUGAAAUGGGACGCCCCAGCUCUCCUGCUCCCUCUUACAAGAGUGUGGAUCUUCCUCCAGUUCUAG